AUGGGGGCCAAGAAACCCAAGGCGGACAUGAGCGACGAGGAAAUGGAGCAAGACGAUCAGGUCAGGUUUUCUUCCGAUCCAAGAAUACAAAGUGAACCACCGCUUCUGAGCGAGAGCGCCGCUAUUACAAAGGCCUGUGAUGAAGCCCUCAGUAACAAUAUUAGGAAUCUGUCUGGACCCAAAAGGGCAGCCAUUUUGAAUGCGGUGGAGGCUGCCGUGACAGCUGUGAGGGAUGAGGUAGAGAGACCCCACAGCGAAAUAAGAGAUCUAAAAGAGUUUCUGUCGGAAAGCGGGCUAUCCGUUCCACAACUACGGUCAGUGUUGCAGGAGGCAGAGAUUAACCUGGGGCUAAUCGAUACAUUGACCGGGGUGAUGAAGUGCGGACGGGCUCACCUAGCUGAUGCGGUGAUAAGCCUACAGCAGGAAAGAGAUCACUUGACACAUAAAGUGACGCUUUUGCAGGAACAAGUCAAGAGAUACAGUCAGCCGAGAGCGGCGGUUGAAGAGCGCCCAGAAGAAGCGCAAGGUAAGACGUUUUCUUGGCGGAAGCUCAGUGAACGAUUGAUAUCGUCCAUCGAACACAAAGACGGACUGAAUAUGCAGGUGCCCGGCGAAUCUCAUGGGAAGACAGAUGGACAGUGGAAGCACCCGAGUCAGGACUUGCAAGGAGGAUUGCAAGAUGGUGCGAGAAAAUAUUCCCUGUCCGAGAAGACGAGUGAGUCUGAACUAUCUUUCUAUUCAGAAAAAUUGGAACAGAACGACCCGACGUCCGGUACAAACCCCAAUCAUUCUGAAAUGUGGGAUAUUUUCAAGGCGAUGCUAAAAGCUCAAACCGCAGCAAAUGUUGAGAGGUAUACAGGGAAAACCUCGUUGAAUGACUUCUUGAGAGCCUUCAAUAUAAAAUAUCCACAACAGUCUUGGAGUAACCAUGAGCGGCGUGAUAUAUUGGUGUCCCUGCUAGAUGGCCCAGCUAAACUAAUGUACAGCAACCUUUCGAGAGGUAUCCAGGAAGGGUCAUUUGAGGACAUCGUAGAAGCACUAGAGAGGGCUAGGAGAGACCCGUGUAAAAAGCUAAAGAAAAUAGAGGAGUGGGACAGGCUGCGCAAAAGAGACUGCGAAACAGUUGAGGAAUUUUGUUAUAGAAUGGAAUCAAUAUCGAGGGAAAUUCAUAGCGAUGGUGACAGGGAUUUCCUUCUGGGUUCCAAGCUGCAUACAUGUCUCUCAGAUUGGAAUGAUUCCUACCACAUGUUAACCGCACUCGAAGCUCCCCAUGGUAUGGUCUAUCAAUCAGUACGUAACGCGGCACUGCGACUUGAGAGGGGGCGCGAAGCAGUCCGGACAAAACUACAAUCACACAGAUAUCAGAGACAAGAUCAGAUUGACCGUGCUAAGCAUAGCGGGCAUGGCAAAGCUGAGAAUGGGGAAGUGGUGUCGGUAGACGGAGCAAACGGGAAAAAUGUCCCCACGAGGAAAACUAAAUGUUUCAAAUGUGGAGAAAUGGGACACUACGCGAGAAAUUGCCCAAAUGCCAACGCCCAGGUGUCGCCCCCACACAGCAACAGACAAAAGCGAAAGUCGUACGAAGAAAAGCCAGUGGGGUCCUUCUCAGCCCACCUAGAGAAGUGGUGUGGGGCAGUGGUCAACGAGAACAAUAAAGAAGUGAUGACUGAAGCAUACGGGAAGCCACUCAUAUGCAGAGUGCAGAUGCUCGGCAUGACGGUAGAUGCUAUGGUAGAUACGGGAUCAGUAGUGUCCAUUGUGCCCCUUGGUGUGUUGUUGGAAGCGAAAAAUAGAAGGAUCGAUUUGGACCAGCUAGUGACCAUAAUGGGAGACGGUAAUUCUCAAAGGGUUAUGGACGCCUCAGGAAACACUAUGAGCUUUCUUAUGCUCAUAGCUACAGAGGUCAAUGUACAGGGAGCAGGUCAAGCUUGCGUACAGCUACAUAUCCAAAGGAAGUAA